AUGGCGAUUGGAAACCUCGGCAACGCUGCCCCUGUGGCUCUCGGCGAAAUCCAGCGCAACCAGCAAGACCGCUCACCAAUAAAGUCCAAAGACGACGGGCACGGUCGAUCCAAGUCUCCGACCAAGUCCCCGACCAAGUCGGCCUUCCCUAGCCUCAAGUCCAUAGGCAAUAAAUGGGGUUCCGAACGAGCUGCCGCCUCGCGCGAACCAUCUCCCACAAAGCCUCCAAAGUCCAAAAAGUCCUCCUCAAACCUCGCCGGUUUGCUCUCGCGGCCCAAAUCCUUCAUCAACUUGCGCGGGGCUAGCAACGAGAAUAGUCGACCACCUUCGACGAGCGAUAAAGAGAAUCGAAGCCCGGAAGGGCCUCCGACAGAGCACGCACCCAUCUAUGCACAGUUCACAUCGACGAGUGACGACAGGCCGAAAAAGGAGAGACCGCAAUCGUGCCACCCGUCAAUGCAUGCGCCGAGCCUGCAAUAUCCUAGCAAAGACGCUCUCCGGACCCCCCAACAAGAUGCUCAUGACAGGCCGGUCAGUACUGCUGGCUUCAGAGGUCACACGCGCGGCCGAUCCGUCGCCGCUGCUGAGCCGACCAUGGAGCCUGGUGAGAUUGCAAAGCACCUCGAGGCACUGCUUGACCGCCGCAACAUCCCCCAAAACCAGCGAUAUAAGAUGCGCAACCUCAGUGAUACAAUCAAGAUGGAGUUUAUUCGACAGGACUGGGCCGAGAUGAAGGCCGGUCAGACAGGCAGCCUGUCCAGCAGCGACGGCAAGGCCGCCACCGCGGUCGAGUCGGAGGGCGAGGACGAAGCCAGCAGCAAACGGGCACGCGGUAGAAGCCGUGGCCGUAGCUUUACCUUUUCGCGAAGCAAGCGGGAUCGGUCCACUUCCAAGAAGCCCAAGACGGAGGGUACUCUCGGGCGCCAUUUCCGCAGCAAAUCCACAGAGAGCGUGGGACGGGACCGCCCCGAGUCCUCCGGCGGCAGCGCCGGCUCCAGCGUGCUCUCCAAGAUCAAGUUCCAGCAGGGGCCGGGUGACUAUGUGGCAUAUCUCCGCAAGGUCCAGAAGCCCGAGGUGGUGGAGGUGGGCAAGCUGCACAAGCUGCGUCUGCUGCUGCGCAACGAGACCGUGGCAUGGACGGAAGACUUUAUCCGCCAGGGCGGCAUGGAAGAGAUUGUCGGUCUCUUGAACCGCAUCAUGGAGGUUGAGUGGAGGGAGGAGCACGAAGACGCCCUGCUUCACGAAAACUUGCUGUGUCUCAAGGCGCUGUCCACGACGGCGCUCGGCAUGGAGUACCUGCAUACCGUGCAGGCCGACCUCUUCGCCAAGCUCCUGCACAUGAUCUUCGACCCCGAGAAGAAGGGCCCCAGCGAGUUCACCACGCGCAACAUCAUCACCUCUGUGCUCCUCAUGUACAUCUCGUCGGCCUCGCCCGCCGAGCGCAUCAUCCGCGCCAAAAACGUCCUCGGCCACCUGCGCGACCCGCAGCCCAAGGAGGAGGACCAGCUGCCCUUUCUGCUCGGCAUCCACCAGGAGCGGCCCUACCGCGUGUGGUGCAAGGAAGUCGUCUCGGUGACUAAGGAGGUCUUUUGGAUCUUCCUGCACAACAUGAACGUCAUUGCCCUCCGCUCGGAUCUCGCAUCGCCCGAAGCCGCUGCGAGCCCCGUCGAAGACGCCUCCUCGUUUGGCGGCGGCCACGAUCCCGCCGCGCCGUACGGCUACAUGCACCGGCACUUUGCCGCCGAGCGCCCGCCGGUCGCGGCCGCGCCGUACGUCGGCGGCGUCGAGUGGGAUGCCACAAACUACCUCGCCUCGCACGUUGACCUCGUCAACGCCAUCGUCGCCUGCACGGCCACGCGCGACGCCCGCAACGCGCUCCGCGCCCAGCUCCGCAUCUCGGGCUGGGAGCGCUGCAUGGGCGGCAGCCUACGCCUCUGCAAGGAAAAGUUUUACGGCAGCGUCCACGCCGCGCUGCGGACGUGGGUCGCCGCCGCCGUCGAGGACGGCUGGGACGUCCGCGACGUGCGCUUCGGCCCCGAGCCCACCAGCAGGGCCGCGUCGCCGCGCAAGACGACCGCCGGCGCCGCCGCUGCGGGAGCCAAACAGGUGCAGGAGGCCCCGAGGCUGGACAUGCCGCGGUUUGACCUGGGCCUGUAA